ACUGCAUGCACUUUGAGUAAUCAGUUUAUGAGUAGAGUUCGUGACGAUCGCACAUCUUUGCUGUGCACGUCGGCUGGAUUACAAAAUAUCUAAAUAGAAAAAAAUAUAAAAAUUAUAUAUAUGUAUAUACAACGGUGUAUAUAUUUACAUAUAGUUAAGUGCUUACACAAGCAAGCAUAUAAGCGAAGUAUACAAAUUUUUUAAAAUUAAAUUCAAGUGCAAAGUGCUGGCUAUAGGCUCUACUCUAAGUAUUUAUAUAAACAAGGUUGGCGAAGGCAAAAAAUGAAAUUCGACCAACUCAACGAAUUUAUUUAAACGCUUACAAGUUCGUUUCGUACGGCACAGACAACACUUGGAUUACGGGUUUCCGGUUGCGCGGCACAGAAAAUAAACAAUUCUCAAAUAAAAAAAUUUACAAAAAAUUUAUGAAAACAAAAAACAACAAUAAUGCAGAGCAGAGUGCAAAAGUUUGUAGUGGCACGAAAUUAGUGCAGAAAAUUGAAAAAAAAAAUUUUUUUUAACAAAAUAAACACCUAAAUUUCGCCUAAAAUGCGCAAAUUAAAGAAAUAACGUUUUUUACGCGACAAACAUAAGCGACACCCUAGUAAAGUGUGCGUGUGUGUUCUAAUAUUUGGUUAGUGUGUGCGUGUUUGUGCGUUAAAGCAAGAGAUCACCGAAGAAGCACGCAACAAUUCGAAAAAUCGAAAAUUAUUAAGAAAAAAAAUUGAUAUAUAUCAAAAUUCACUUUAAUAACCAAAAUCAACGCAAAAUUCCAAAAACACAAUGUCCACAAAAAUGACACUUAUCUCCAAAACCAUACUCUCCGUACUCAUCACCGUCAUCAUACCGGUGCUCGGCGCAGCGCUUAGCAAAACAGUGCUCUACCAAGCGCCCGACGAGUGCCGCUGGUCCGGCACCAGCGAAGCGGACAUCACGCUCGUUUGUCAUCUGCGCACCAUCAACUCCGAGCUGGAGAACACCAACUUCAGCGUUAUACAGCCACAGAAUACGAUACGUCUACGGCUGGAGUGCAAUGAUGCGCUCUUCUUCCAGAGCAGUCUCAGUCCGGACUCCUUUCGUUCGUUGGUCGAGCUGCGCGCGCUGACUAUCGAGUACUGCAAACUCGGCAAUAUUACGGAAGGUUCAUUUCGUGGUUUGCAGGAUUUGCGUAAUCUCACCAUACGCACGCAUAACGGUGACUGGUCAACCAUGUCGCUGGAUAUAGCGAGCAGCAGUUUUAGCGAAUUUCGCCAACUCGAUCGUUUGGAUUUGAGUUUGAAUAAUAUCUGGCUCAUACCGGAUGGCAUGGUGUGCCCGUUGAAGGUUUUGACGCAUCUCAACAUCUCGCAUAAUGAAAUACAAGACAUUGGCAAUUUCCACUUUAGCGCCGCGUUGAGCUCACGCAAGUCACGCAUAUGCGGCACGUCGCUGACGCACAUCGAUUUGAGCGCUAAUAAGAUUGCCAAUCUGCCAUCGGCGAUCUUCUCCGGUUUGGGACGCCUGGGUAAUUUGAAUUUAGCGCGUAAUGGCAUGAAUUUUAUAGCUGAUCGCGCUUUCGAGGGUUUAGUCUCACUCUCAAUUGUCAAUCUGUCCGGUAAUCGUUUGACCUCGCUGCCGCCAGAACUUUUCGCUGAGGCGAAAUAUGUAAAGGAGAUAUACUUGAAAAAUAACAGUAUUAAUGUGCUGGCGCCUGGUCUCUUUAGCGAUCUGGCUGAUUUGUUGGUGUUGGACUUAUCAGCUAAUGAGCUAAACUCACAGUGGGUUAAUGCCGCCACUUUUGUUGGCUUGAAGCGUUUGGUGUUGCUCGAUCUGUCUGCGAAUAAAAUUAGUAAGCUUGAGGCGAGCAUAUUUCGUUCGCUCAGCUCGUUGCAAAUUUUAAAACUCGAGGAGAACUACAUCGAUCACAUACCAGAUGGCGCAUUCGCCGAUCUCGCCAACUUGCAUACGCUCAUCUUGUCCAAUAACCGCAUAUCGAUGCUGGGACCGCACACAUUGCGCGGCCUCUACGGCAUACUCGUGCUGAGUCUGGACUACAAUGCCAUUACAAAAAUAGACACGCAAGCUUUGCGCAAUUGCUCAAGCAUACAAGAUCUGCAUUUGAAUGGCAAUAAGCUGAAGACCAUACCGGAUGCGUUGAGCGCUGUGCCGCUGCUUAAGACGCUCGACAUUGGCGAAAAUCAAAUUAAGAAUAUCGAAAAUACCAGCGUUUCGGCAAUGGCCAAUUUGUAUGGCUUGCGUCUGACAGAGAAUAGCAUUGAGUUUAUACGGCGCGGUGUCUUCGAUCGCAUGUCAUCGCUGCAGAUACUAAAUUUGUCCGGCAAUAAAAUCAAAGGCAUCGAGGCUGGCGCGCUACACCGCAACACACAGCUGCAGGCCAUACGUUUGGAUGGCAAUCACUUGAAGAGCAUCGACGGCUUAUUCACCGAAUUACCAAAUUUGGUAUGGCUUAACAUUUCGGAUAAUCGCUUGGAGAAGUUCGAUUACUCGCACAUACCGACCGGUUUGCAGUGGCUAGAUGUGCGUGCUAAUCGCAUCACGCAGCUGGGCAACUAUUUUGAAAUCGAAAAUGAGCUUAGCCUUAGCACAUUCGAUGCCAGCUCGAAUAUGUUGAGUGAAAUUACAGCAAGUUCGAUACCGAAUAGCGUUGAGGUUUUAUACUUGAACGAUAAUUUGAUCAGCAAAAUACAACCAUAUACAUUCUUUAAGAAACCCAAUCUGACGCGCGUCGAUCUGAUACGCAACCGCCUUACCACGCUGGAGCCGAACGCUUUGCGCCUAUCACCCAUACCCGACGACAAGGACAUACCCGAAUUUUACAUUGGUCACAAUCCAUUCGAGUGCGAUUGCAAUCUAGAUUGGCUGCAGAAGGUCAAUAGCGAGUCACGCACGCAACCGAAACUCAUGGAUCUCGAUCAGAUCUACUGUAAGUUGUCGUAUGCGCGCGGUAAGACGCACGUGCCACUAAUCGAGGCUAAAUCGAAUGAAUUCCUCUGCAAAUACGAGGCGCACUGUUUUGCGUUGUGCCACUGCUGUGACUUCUACGCAUGCGAUUGCAAAAUGGAGUGUCCCGAUCGCUGUGCCUGUUAUCACGAUCAAUCGUGGACAUCGAAUGUCGUGGACUGCUCGCGUUCCGCCUACGAUCGCACGCUGCCUUCGCAUAUACCCAUGGAUGCCACGCAACUGUAUUUGGAUGGCAAUAACUUCCGUGAACUCUCCAGCCACGCAUUUAUUGGACGCAAGCGUCUAAAAGUGCUGCAUUUGAAUCAUUCGCGCAUAGAAAUUGUGCACAAUCGUACAUUUUAUGGCCUCCUCGAGCUCGAAGUGCUGCAGUUGAACCACAAUAGUUUGCGUCAACUGAACGGUAAUGAGUUUCAGGGUCUCGACAAUUUGCAGGAAUUGUAUUUACAACAUAAUGCCAUCGCUAGUAUUGAUACAUUGACCUUCACGCACCUCUAUCACCUGAAAAUACUGCGACUCGAUCACAAUGCGAUCACCGAGUUUGCUGUUUGGAACUUCUUGCCCUCGUAUCUGAAUGAGUUGCAUUUGGCUGGCAAUCCCUGGUCUUGCAAUUGUGAGUUUAUCGAUAAGUUCCGCGACUACGUCAAUCGGCGUGAGUCUGUGCAGGAUAAGGUGAAGCUGCGUUGUGCACUAUUCGCCGGCAGCAAUGCGACAACCACUGACAACAAUAGUGUAGAGAGCGACCAACAACCGGCUAAUGAGCAGUAUGCCAUCUAUUUGAGCGGCGAUCCAUUGCUGGAUGCGCAAACACGCUUUGUCUCCUGCAAUGGUGGUCUACAAGCGCCACAGCAUCAGUCACCCUUAGGCGCUGGCCACUAUAAUGGUGCGGAUCCAAACGAUAAUGUGAUCAUUAACGGCAACAUGACCUCAACGAAAAUGAUACUCUCGCAGCCACCGAUGCAUGAGUAUGUACCAAUACUGGUAGCCAUACUGACCAGCUUCGUUUUCGUGAUUAUCUGCACGCUGCUCGUGUUCAUCUUCCGUCAGGAGAUGCGCGUCUGGUGUCACUCACGUUUUGGCAUACGCCUCUUCUGCAAUGCGAAUCGCGAUGUUGACAAGAAUGAACGUGAAAAACUCUUCGAUGCCUUCAUCUCCUACAGCUCAAAAGAUGAAGCUUUCGUUUGCGAAGAUCUGGCGCCUAUGCUGGAACAGGGUGACACGCGCUAUAAGCUCUGUUUACAUCAUCGCGACUUUCCAGUUGGCGGUUAUAUGGCUGAUGCCAUUGUGCAAGCUAUCGAUACCUCAAGACGCACUAUUAUGGUGCUUUCCGAGAAUUUCAUAAAAUCCGAGUGGUGUCGCUUCGAAUUCAAAUCGGCGCAUCAAUCUGUGCUGCGUGAUCGACGACGUCGGCUCAUACUGAUCGUGCUCGGCGAGGUGCCACAAAAGGAUAUCGAUCCGGAGUUGCGUCUCUAUUUGAAAACCAACACAUACCUGCAGUGGGGUGACAAGCUGUUCUGGGAAAAGCUGCGCUUCGCCUUACCCGACGUGCCGAACAAUCAGCGCCGCAUGCGCAACGCUGGCGUUGGUGGUUGCACCGGUGUAGGCGUGCACAUGCCCAUCGCUCAGCUGCCGCCCACACAUCAUCACCAUCAACAUCACAUGCUGUCAGCAGGCGCCGGUAGUGGCGGUGCUGGCGGCAAUAUGUCAACCGGCGCUCAUCACAUGCACCACAUGCAUCCGCAAGCCGCGUUGCAACAUCAUCAGCUUCAACAUGCCAGUUUCCGCUCACAAAUGCAUCACAACAUCAAUGGAAGUCGACAGAAUCACAAUCGAAACAACUCGGCAGCCGCAGCGGCUGCUGCGCAGCAACAACAACACCAGCAAGCAGCCAUGCUAAUGGGUGCGCCAAUGCAAUGCGCACAAUUGCCGUUGCCGUCACAACAGUCACAACAGCUGCUGCCGACAGCAGCAAGCGCAAGCGCGCCACCUAGCAGUAUACAACAGCAGCAAUUGCCGCCACCGCCAUGCCCCAGUCCGCGCAGCAUAACGACGCAGUCAUCGGCGGCGGGUGGUAGCUCGCAGAGUUCCGGUCGUACAAUGGGCGUGCAUAUCUAAGAGUUGUGCGCUUCAGGCGCUGGCAGCUGUAGCAGUGGUGUCCAAGGUAUAAGUGAAUGCGCGUGUGUGUGUGUGUUUGUAAAACCACUGUUGGUUUAGUGGGUGUGGUGGUGGUGUGUGCUAAAAGUGACGCAAAAAUGUUUGCGCUGAGUGCUUCCAUUAGGCUGGACGCAGCUCUGUGUUGCUAAUGGUGUGUGAAAUUUAUUAAUUUGCGCUGGCUAGCGAUCUGCAAGUUUUCGUAAUUAAAGUUUUGUUGCGAUCAUCAACUUUUCCACAGCGUUGCAUAUAAAUUUGUUCAAACACUUCUUCGAAUAUCAGUUAUUCAUAUAUAUCGAGCUUAGUUGCCGGUUCAAAAUCAUUUGCGCUUCGUUUUUCUGGUUAUCAGCUAAACUCUGGAUCUUGCCGAUCGUCAUAUUUACAUAUUACCACCGCGAUUACUUGCUCAUAACAUUCACUAAUAUGCCUCUACUCUCAUCUGAAUACAACUUCAUUGCUGUCUACAUUUUCGCCUUUCACAUUUUGAAAUUUCCAUUCAGCAGCGAUUUGUAGGCAUUUUCUGAAUUCAGGUCAAACAAAUCGCCGAAACAAAAGUUACCAGCUAUGUGUGUAUGCGUUGAAAGGCUGCAUUUUUGGCAGUGAAUAGGAAAACAACGCAGCGCUGCAUGCAACACUUGCACAUAAUACAAAAAUGCAUACAAAUACAUAUUGAAAAUCUAUUUUUUUUUACAAACGCAAACGUAUUCGCUAUUGUAUUAAACACGAAAAAGCAACAAAAAAAGCAAAAGCAGCACUCGUCAAUAGUCGAAAUUCGAUUUGGCAUUGAACAUUUACUUCGUGCCUUUUGGCACAUAUUUUUUUGCUAUGCUUUGUGCUAUUGUUUGUAUGUAUGUGUGCAGCGUUGCAUGCCAUUUUUUAUUGUUGUUGUUAAUCGAUUUUUUUGAGCAUUAUGUUGCAACGAAAGCAGUUAGUCACGUUAAAGUUGUCGCCUGUUGCGUUGCUGACUGCGUGAUCGGCGAAGCGCAGCUAGCGACUAGGCGAUUAAAUCAAACGACAGUUUUUUAGACUAAAAUAACGGUAUUUUUGAAUGUUUGUUUGGAAUUUUCGGUAUUCAUUGCACUAAAUUGUGUUUAAAGUUAUUUUGUUUUUGUUGCAAGUUUUUUUCACAAGAUUAUGAAAAUACAAUAUUUUAACUAAAAUUUAAUUUAAAAUUUUUCAAUUUCGAACAAUAUUUUUCUAAGUUUCUGUAAUUUUUUGCUUGUUUCAUUUGCGUUAAUUUCGUUAACUGGCGCCUUGAACCUCGCUGCCCAAUUAAAAACCCAUUCAAAUCGACUACCUCCACAAGCUUUUUCACUUGAGCGCAACAAAAAUUUUAUAGCAGCUUGUUUGCUCGCAUUUCGAACGCUUUACUUCAACCAAAACAAAAAACGCAACAAUUGUUAGUUGCAUUGAAGUAACGAGGCAAAAAGUUCAAAAACGCUUACAAAAACAAAAAAAAGGUCCAAAAACCGAAACGAAGAACCGAAGCGCUAACAAAAUUGCGCAUAUAUUUUGCAAGACCGCUACAACAACAAAUCGGUAAAACAAGCUAACCGCAUUAAUAUUAUGUUGGCCAUGGCAAUGUUGCCACAAACAAGUUGCAGCACUCAACGUCGAUACGUAAUGCGAUGAUUGUGAAUGUUAUGCAUAGUAGUUGUUAGUGGCAUUGUUGUUGUUGUUCAUUAUGCACGUUUUACAUUGCAAAGCAGUGUGCUUUAGUUGUUGUUGUUGUUUUAUAUCAAGUUGUUUUUCCUACUCACUGGCCAUUAUGAGUUUCCUGUGCGCCAAAGCGUACAGAAAAUUGAUGUUGCAUGCAACAAUCAUAAAAAGGCACAGAAAAAAAUAAAAUAAAAAACACUAACAACAACUAAACAGCGAACAGAAAAGUUCAAUGCAAAAUUGCGGCUAUAAGUAAUAAGAGAAAUACGAACAAAAGCCAGACCAAGAAAUUAAGUGGACGCAAAAACCCAAGUUGACUACAUAAAAACCGUGCAGACGACUGUGGCCGGUUACAGAGAAUGGCAUAAUAAAGUAAAAACAAAAACAACAACAACAAAC